AUGGCUGAUGAAAUGGGUCUUGGUAAAACUCUUCAAUGCAUCACCCUUUUGUGGACAUUACUUAAACAAUCACCCUUAGCUGGUAAAGGAACAAUAGAAAAAUGUAUUAUCGUUUGUCCAUCAAGUCUUGUACAUAAUUGGGCGAAUGAAUUGGAAAAAUGGCUUGGGCCUAUAAGAUUAAAGGCACUGGUUAUGGACAGCAAGGGAAAGAAGGAAUAUGUAUUAAAAGAAUUGAGACAUUAUGCUGGUGCUAAAGGAAAUUUGAUU